CGAGCGAAAUGUAAACAUGGAGUAACAUUAGCACGUCCACGGUUGUUUGUCCUCUGCAGUCCUGCCCGUGUCAUUAAUAGAUGAAUAGUUAUUGUUUGUUUGUUUGUUUUUUUACUUUCCAUCGUUGAGAUACCGUCACUCAUACCUAUACAAUGUGGCGUUCUACUUAGACAACGUCAGAAAGCAAAACGGAAAUGAAUGAGUUUGUGUUUUUUACACGAAAAACAAGAUGUUGCUCCUACCGUCCAUACAUCAUGGAAUGCGGAGAGCUAUAACUGUCUACGCACUUUCAAGCCGUUGGACUACACUCUUCCGACACCUGUGUGAUGGAGUUCCUCCUGCAGCGGUUGAUGCUGAAACUAUCUUUGCAUUAUCAUCCGGCCAUGGAAAGUGUGGGGUUGCUGUGGUUCGCAUCAGUGGACCUGCAUCCACCUCAGCUCUCAGGUGUAUGGCCGGCCAGAUGCGCAACCUACCUGCUCCACGCACUGCCCUGUUAAGGAGCAUCACACACCCCUACUCUAAAGAGGUGCUGGACCGUGGCCUUGUCCUCUGGUUCCCAGCUCCCCACAGUUUCACCGGAGAGGAUAGUGUUGAGUUCCACAUCCAUGGAGGUCCUGCUGUGACUGCUGCUGUCCUACAGGCGCUCGGAAGUGUGCCCGGCAUGAGGCCUGCAGAGGCUGGGGAGUUCACGCGUAGAGCCUUUCAAGCAGGGAAACUUGGCCUAACAGAGGUGGAGGGGCUCGGGGACCUGAUCCACGCUGAGACAGAGGCCCAGAGGCGACAGGCGCUCAGGCAAAUGUCAGGAGAACUCGGCCGUCUCUAUCAGGGCUGGAGUCACAAACUGAAACGGUGUCUCGCCCACGUGGAAGCCUUCAUAGACUUCAGUGAAGAUGAGCUUAUUGAGGACGGAGUCUUAAACAAAGUUGACAGAAUCGUCCGUGAUCUGCAAGGCGAGAUGACGCGACACCUACAGGAUGAGAGAAGGGGCGAACGACUACGUAGCGGCGUGCAGGUGGUCAUCGCGGGAGCCACCAACGCUGGGAAGAGCAGCCUCCUCAACGUGCUCUGCCAGCGACCUGCGGCUAUUGUGUCCCCCAUUGCCGGAACCACCAGGGAUGUAGUAGAGACAGCUCUGGACAUCGGCGGCUUUCCUGUACUUUUGAGUGACACUGCGGGCCUCAGAGAGAGUCUGGACCUGGUGGAGAGAGAGGGGGUCCGUCGAGCUCGUGAAAGAGUUGAACAAGCUGAUUUGACUCUGGUGGUUGUGGACUGCAGCGGUCUCCCCACAGAUGUCCACCAAGCUGCAGCUUUCCUUCAGGAUCACUUGGGAAGGGUCCUGCCCCCCCAGGAUGACAGCCACGCGGCAUUCCGGUCCGACAGGUGCCUACUGGUCCUGAAUAAGGUGGACCUGCUGCCGGAGGAGCAGAGACAAACGCUGAAAAGGGAACUCGGGAGCAUCUCCAGGAUGCCGCUGUGCGUGAUGUCCUGUCAUACGAAUGAAGGACUUCAAGACUUCCUCACGACGCUGCACAGCCGAGUCAAGACACUGUGUGGAAAUCCCCUGUCUGGCGCCCCCACCCUGACCCAGGCUCGCCACAGGGCCCACCUGCAACAGUGCGUCGCCGCCCUGGAUCAGUACCAGAGAUACCGUGACCUCGACCUUGCUCUGGCAGCAGAGGGCGUCCGCUUGGCUCUCACCAGCCUGGGUCGCAUCACUGGAAAGAUCGGACCGGAGGAGAUCCUGGAUAUCAUCUUCAAAGACUUCUGUAUUGGUAAAUAGCAAAGAGGUCUACACCUCCGUGUUAUAGUUCAUAAUAAUAAUAUUUGGAAUCAUAAAGUGAGCCUCGGAGUAUUGGUCGGAAGUGGAAAUUGGAGUGGAAAUAUUCCAUGUGAUGUAACAGCUUUCACACACACACACACACACACACUGUUUCAAAACACAAUGUAGAAGCCUUUGAUCGGUGAAUAUUAGGCCCCCGAGUCCAACCAGGCUAAAUUUGUAGCAGCAGCAGCUAACCACUGCAAGGUCACACAGUCGGAAUAAAGAUUUUUGUCGUUGUUAGAAUCUCACUCGGAAAAGCAGAUGUGAUUUCAGCUGCAUCCAUGUGUUUUUCUCUUCUUGUUAUCCGGUGUGAAAUAUGUCAUUCUAUUCAAGGCGGAAUUGGAUUUGGCUUGGAUUCACUUUCUUUGAAAACACGAGUCAAUGACAACAACUGAACAAAUGAAACUUUAUUAAAAGAAAAAAAAAUCAAAACAUACAUGACGUGUGUGAAAAUGUAUUGCCCUCCUUUGGAAACAUUCAUUCAUUCAUUCAUUUUCUACCGCUUUUUCCUCACGAGGGUCGCGGGGGUGCUGGAGCCUAUCCCAGCGCCUCCUUACAUGAUGAAGAAUAUAGGCAUAAAAGACAUUUAAUAUUCAGUAUAAUGCUAAUAAAUUGUGAUAAUCCACAAUCCACUUGUUGUUUUUAAUCACUAAAAUACAAUGCUAGCUGCACGGCGGAAAGUGCUUAGCACACAGGCCACACAUCUAAGAGACCCAAGUUCGAUUCCACCUUCAGCCAUCUCUGUGUGGAGUUUGCAUGUUCUCCCCGUGCAUGCGUGGGUUUUCUCCGGGUACUCCGGUUUCCUCCCACAUUCCAAAAACAUGCUAGGUUAAUUCAUUCAUUCAUUCAUUUUCUACCGCGGGGGG